AUGGAGAAGAUAUGGAUUAACGAAGACUCCUUUUGGUCUGGCGGCCAGUUGCACCGUGUCAACCCCGACGCGCUGGACAACAUGCCUGUCAUGCAGGCUCAACUUGCCGAUGCCGACAGCACUGCUGGGGUCUACUAUGUCGUGAAUGGCGUCACCUACACCCGCGAGUACAUCGCUAGUGAGCCUACUGGGCUGAUCGCGAUUCGCAUCAAAGCGGAUAAGCCUGCAGCUGUUGAUUUCAACAUUCAUUUGCGUAAAGGUCUAUCCCUUAAUCGCUGGGAAGAUUACAGCCAGAAAGUUGGCUCCGACACGGUCAUCAUGGGCGGGGGCAGCGCAAGCGUACACACAAUCGAAUUUGCUGCUGGUGCGAAGAUCGUUGCUUCAACUGGAAAAGUGUAUACUAUCGGCGACUAUGUCAAGUGCGAGGGUGCGGAUGAGGCGGUGGUGUACUUCACCGCGUGGACUUCCUUCCGAAAACCUGAUCCCAAAGCUGCUGUACUUGGCGAUCUAGAGGCCGUGACUGGCAACAGUUAUAAAGUGAUACGCUCGGAACAUAUCGACGACUAUCAGAGCCUUGCGGGAAGGGUGUCGCUGAACCUAGGAACUUCAUCGUUAGAUCAGAAACAAGGAAGUACAUCCGCUCGCAUAGGUGCAGCCGGCAAAGUAUUUGACCCAGAGCUUGCAUCUCUAUAUUUCCAGUUCGGGCGAUACCUGUUCAUUUCGUCAUCGAGGAGUGGCACAUUGCCGCCAAACCUGCAAGGCAUCUGGAAUGGAGACAUAGAUCCCCAGUGGGGAUCGAAGUACACCAUCAACAUCAAUACCCAGAUGAACUAUUGGCCGGCCCUAGUCACCAAUCUUGCAGACCUGAACGCGCCGCUGUUUGACCUCAUUGAAAAGGUUCGUACGAUGGGGCUCGACACAGUGAAGUCUAUGUAUGGAGCCCGAGGUGCGGUAUGCCAUCACAAUACCGACCUUUGGGGAGACUCUGCUCCUCACGACAACUAUGUGUCAUCUACAUUCUGGCCAUCCGGUCUUGCGUGGCUGGCGACACACAUCUUCGAACAUUACCAAUUCACCGGUGAUGUCGAUGUGUUGCGUGAACAUUUCGAUGCUCUUAGAGACUCCGUGCUAUUCUUCCUGGACUUCAUGACGGACUACAAAGGCUGGAAGGUGACAAAUCGUUCGAUCUCGCCAGAGAACAAAUAUUAUCUCCCGAAUUCGUCGAGCGCAGCCGCCAUCACACUUGGCCCGACCAUCGACAACUCAAUUGUCUGGGCUCUGCUCGUAUUGAAGAGUUGA